AUGGCUGAGGCCGAGCGCGCUGGCGGAGUACAAGGCGAUCUCGAGAAGGAAUUGACGUGCUCGAUCUGUACCGACCUCCUCUACCAGCCGCUUACGCUCCUCGACUGCCUUCACACCUUCUGCGGCGCAUGUCUGAAAGAAUGGUUCGCCUUCCAGGCCUCGACCGCGACAUCGAUACAUCCGUACACGUGCCCGUCGUGUCGCGCUUCGGUGCGCACCACACAGCCCAAUGCAACCGUCACCACGCUGCUUGAUAUAUUCUUAAAGUCCAACCCCGAUAGAGGCAAGAACGAUGAAGAAAAGCGCGCAGAUCGCGACAAGUACAAACCUGGGGAUAAUGUGCUGCCCAAGCUGAGGCGGCGGGAUGAGAGAGACGACGUGGAUCAGCGCAUGCUCGAAGAGGCCCAGCAGCUGAGUCUGAGAGAGGCAGGCAUACCCAGCAGUGGCGGCAACCACCUCGAAACACCUCGAGAGCGCAGGAGGAGGGAGAGAAGUCGCGAUGCAAGCAGGGAGUCUCGUCGGAAUCGGGACGAGAGGCGGUCGGCCAGUCAGAACCCACCAGGCACAUCGCCAUCACGGGCAGUCAUACCGCCUAGAGCUAUCGAGCACCAGUCGAGUCUACGCUCUCUGCUUAGCUCAUCCGAUCUCGAUGCCGAUGACGUGGAUGAGGAUCUCGUGAGACAGGUGCUGGAGGAGCUAGUGUCGGAAGGCGUCGACUUGAAUCAGAUUGGUACUGCGCAAGAGGAAGAGAUUACCGAGAGGAUAGCCGAAGCGGUGCGGCGGCGACAGAUGGAACGACAUGCAGAGAGACAGCGCGAGAGGAGAGAGAGGCGGGAACGCUUGGCAAGAGAAGGCUUGAACUCGUCCUCUUCGUCGCUACUGCCCCAGCCCUUGCGCAGUCCUCUUAUACGCGAUGACGAAGCAGCACGUAGAAGAGGUCAUGGCCGGUCUGAAAGCGGUACAUCGACGCCUCAUUCUGCAGUAGGACCACCCAUAUCUAGGCCCGGCCUCAUCGAUGCUGCAAAUCGAGGUGGGCGUGCACCACGUCAACGAUCUUCGAGUCAAGGAAGCUCGCGGUCAGCCAGACGAGCAGAGCGUCCUACGCCCGUCUCCAUCACGAGCUCGCAAAACAAUAGCGGCAAUGAGCGUCCAUCGACAUCGGGAAACGCAUCUUCAAGACGUCGUCAGUCUGAUAACCAGCAAAGGAGCAGGCUCGAUGCGCGUCAGCAGUUCCGCAACAAUGUUCAACUUGCCACAGCUUCAGGCCCCAACUCUCCUCUCGGUCUUGGAUUCAAUAUCCCCAGCAGCGGUAGUCCUACAAGCUCUCUGGCUACGGUUGGCACCUCAGCAGUACCACCACCUACAUCCCGUCGGGUGACGGAUCCCACUAGAGUCACACUGCCGCGCCAACACAGUAAUAGUACUCCGCCCAUGCUGUCACCUCCUGCCUUUCCCCGCUCUACUACAGACCCAUCCGUGCACGAGACUCGGUCAAGACACUCUUCAGCCUCGUCGUUGAGCGCGCCUGUCCUCUACACAGAGCCACAGAUAGCAUGCCAGCGCUGCGGCAAGAGCGACAUUCAAUACGAGCUGCACUACAACUGCAGCCGAUGCGAUGAUGGCGAGUACAACAUCUGCGUACGCUGUUAUCGACUCGCCAAGGGAUGUAAGCACUGGUUUGGCUUUGGCUGGACUGCCUGGCCACGCUAUGAACGAGAAGCACCCGAAGGAGGCUAUCCACCCAACCACGAGCACCCGCAUAUACUCAUCGGACAUCGAUAUCGCAGGCCAAUGACGCCGCUCACGGAAUCCACAACGCCACCGCACGUGUUGAUGAGCGAGGACGACCCCAAACAAAGAGUCGAAGCCGGCGCCUUCUGCGACAUGUGCAAGGCAUUCGCCAACGCAUGCUAUUGGAAAUGCGACUACUGCAAUGAAGGAGAUUGGGGUUAUUGCAACGACUGCGUCAAUCAAGGCCGGCAUUGCACGCAUCCCCUAGUCCCCGUGGCGAGGAAGACGCGCACAACGCAGUCAAUAACCGACACCACACCAUCUGCGCCCUCGACGCCCCGCCAGGACAACCACCUCGCGCCACCAGACCACGACACAACGGCCACGACACCUCCACUAACGCCCAAAUCCGCGUCUCUGAUGCGCGGGCCCGGCUACUUCACCAUCGCAAACACCAUCUUCCGCCCUCUUACCUUCACCACCGUAUGCAACAUAUGUCGCUACCCCAUUCCCCCCUCAAACACGCGCUACCACUGUCUUAAAUGCAACGCUGGCGAUUAUGACAUAUGUACGGGCUGCUACCAUAAACCCGUCGUCGCCAGCCGCAUUGCCAAAGAGGAUGGCAUGAAUGGGUGGCGCAAGUGUCUGCGCGGUCAUCGCAUGUAUAUCGUUGGUUUUGAAGAUCGCGAUGGUGCGCAACGACGUAAGGUUGUCCGUGACCUUGUAGGGGGAUAUGCGCUCAAGGAAGAAGAAGAAAUGACGAUGAGGUUACAACGGUAUCCGCCUGAUGGUGGGGUUGGGUUGAGGCUUUUGGCUAGAUGGGCGUAUUGGCCUGACGAAGGGGUUGAGGAUGAGUUAGCAUUUCCAAGGGGCGCGGAGAUCAGGGAAGCGGCGGAUAUUAAUGGAGACUGGUAUUGGGGGGUUUAUUGUGGUGUUGGAAGGUUAUUUCCUGCGAAUCAUGUCACUGCUAUCUAA